AUGGAAGACCCUCCGAUCGCCUCCUCUCAGGACCCGUGGCACACAAUCUGUGAAGCUAUGAGGCUCCUGCCUGCCUGCCUGCCUGCUGUGAACGUGGGCACCGUGAAAUCCAGGAGCGAUCAAGGGGAUAACUGCGAUGGCGAUGGAGAAUACGCAAGUGUCCUCUGUCUCGCCGAGUUUUUAUUUACAGUACUCCAAUUUGUUCGGAAUCAGAUUAGCCCUACCCUAACUACAUCGCAGGCGCUCAGUGGCGGCGGAGGCGAUUCAGGCGCAGGCACGUGCCGAGGAGGAAUUCAACUCCAGCGCAGCCUGCCACCGUCUCUACCGCGCCGACCGCCCCUGCCCGCUUUGCCCCUCCCGCUCUACCGCCGGUCCCGUCCGCGCCCAACUGCCUGCCCCCUCCCGCGGUGGCGCCGCCCUCGACCCGCGGUGGAUGCAUGCUCUAAGAAUGCUAGCGGCCGGCAGCGCAAGCGCCAGAAUCAUGUGGCUGAGUCUCCAUCUGGACGGACGCAGGUGGAAACGCCUGUCUCCUACUUGAGCAAGUUGCUCGGCACUACAACAUUGAAGGAACCUGCCGCUUCCUCAUCCUCCCCGCCUACGCCACCCUCUAAGCCAACCGUUUUGGUCAACAAACCUCAUGGCUGGUACUUCAGCAUCUUCAUCAGGACCGAUCUCUCAGGAUCUUUCCACACAUAUCCUCAUCUCGGUGGACCAUUCAAGAGCCUGCAGGAAGUUGAAACGGCUAUCGAGUGCUAUAUUGAGGCCAAGCGGCAUAAAACGCUGUGGGACGAGGAAGCUGAGUUGGACAUGGUUGUAAGAAAGGCUCUUUACUGGCCAGAUGGGACAACAAGGAAGUGUUCAGAUGAGUAUGUAGUGGAGCAUACCCGUCAGCAAAAGAGCCUAAUGCUUCAAGCAUUACUGGACAAGUAUAAUGAGGAUCACAAUCUUUUUGGGGAUCUUGCAUAUGAACUCAAUAAUAUGUUGCACUAUGGGACAAUUUGUGAAGAUCUUACUUGGUACAAGCAUUUUAAUUUCAUUGCAAAGGCUAAAGAUGGCGUUGAGGAUCUUUUCUUUGCUGAAGUGACAUCUAAGCAUGAAGGACGUGAAUUGGUGGCCAAUUCUUUCUGCAAAAUUAAAUCUAAUGAAAAUGGUCACUGCUAUGGCUGUAAGAAUAAUGGAAAUAUUGAUAUGAAGCACCCCGACAAGGCUGAUGAAUACAUUGGUGGCCAUUUGGAUACAUAUCUUCCAUUUAGCCGAAGAAGUCGUCCUAACACGUGGACGGGAUCUAAAGAAGAUUGAUUAUACUUGACUUUUAUCAUCCUAAACUGGUGGUCACAGAUGUCUCAUUAUCCUUCUCUUUGCAGAUUGCAGCUGAGGAAGCUAGGCUAAAAUAUAUUUUCGGUGUACGCUGAUUAUGAUCGUCUUCGUGGAAGACUGAGAGGCUGCGGUGGAAAUAAUAUUUUUAUACUUGAUGUCUGCCUAGUGUAUGGAUGUGAGGAGGAAGGUCUAACUUGGGCCUUUGGGGCGAAGAGUUGUUCGGCCAGAUCGGACGGCAACUACAGAACACGGACACAUUCCUAUGGAAAGGUGGGAAUUUUCCCCGUAGAUCACGUCCGUUGAUUUUUUUUAUGGUUCAAUAAAUCGAUGGCCAGAUAUUUUACUUUUUUGUGAGAUUUUUUAGCCUUUUAUCUUUUUUCUGGUUGAUUCAUCAUGUACGUUUAGUAUAUAAUAGUGUGCGGGCAAUAUCUUACAAUGGUUUCUUUAUUAAAUUAAAUUUUGUAUUCUCAUUUA